AUGGCCGAUGCUCCAGAUCCUCUGUGGGACGGAACGCCACACUGGGAGCAGGAACCCGAAGUCGCAGAGAAGUAUAUUCUUUACCUGGACAAGAAUGUAAGAAAAGCUAUAAUUCCGCAUGGCGCUUCCUACUGGACACGAACGGCCCAAAUAAAAACAGAAAAUGAUGACAACCAGGUGUCGUACUUUCUCAAGGUUUCGAUCGGCGAUCCUGGCAAGGGAAUGAUGCAUGGUGAAUACGUGUCCAUGACAAGGCUGCACGACACCAUGCCGGAGUUCACUCCAACGCCGAUAUCAUGGGGAACCUAUGACUCAGACAAGAACAUCCAUUUCUUCCUCUGCUCCUUUCACAGGCUGCACGACGGGCUGUGCUCACUAGAGACCUUCCCGAAACUGCUUGCUGAGCUUCAUACCAAGGGUAUAUCACCCAACGGUAAAUUCGGUUUCCCUGUAGCAACGUACCAGGGACGCCUCCCACAGGACCCGACUGAGACCGACACCUGGGAGGAGUGUUUUGCCAACAACGUCAGGAUCAUGUUCGACCACGAGCUCGCCGCGCAGGGCCCAGAUGAAGAGAUCGCUCAGCUCCGAGACAAGGUCAUGACCAAGGUCAUCCCUCGCCUCUUGCGCCCCAUGGAGGUGGCAGGCAGGAAAGUCGUACCACGGCUUGUCCACGGCGACCUUUGGGAAGGGAAUGCGGGGACAGAUCUGGAGACAGGGCUGCCUAUGAUAUUUGACGCUUGCAGCUCUUAUGCGCACAACGAGUACGAGAUGGCCCCAUGGCGGCCAGUGCGGCAGAAAAUGGGCAGGCCGUACGUCAAUGCUUACAAGAAACACUUUCUGAUGUCAGAGCCUACCGAGGACUUUGAUGGACGAAACCUCCUUUACGCUAUGUUAGUGUGA